AUGACUGAUUAUAGACUACGGUUUCGAUACGAAAAACAGACUAUUACGGACAGAGGACAACAACAAGAUAAAAAAGUAUUGAUACAGUAUGCAUUCAGUGAUGAUCCAAAUGAACAGCAACAAUUGUUUGCAUCAUACUAUUAUCGAGUGGCUACAAUGCCACGUAUAACACGAAUUCGUGAGGUGUUACCUGAUAAAUUAGGAUCAAAACUAUUGUUACGCACUUUAUUUACUCAUCGUAUCGAUACACAAAUACUUGAUGAGAAUGUAUGUCAAUUGAUAGAAUCAAUUUGGCUAGAAUCUAUUGGUGAUUUGAAUAAAAUGUUGAGCGUGCCACCGGAAUCAAUCACUCUCAAAGCGAUCAUCGAAGCUGAAGCAGCUUUGCUUGAACUUCGAUCGAACAAUGAUCCUGCUGCUGUACGUCGUUUUUAUUCACUUAUUCCCCAUCAAUCACAGUACAAAGUUGAUCUGCUAAAGAAUCGUCGAGUAUUAACCGAAAAAAUUGACUUGUGUCAAGUACGUCUAUUUCCUUCCAUUGCUUACUUUAAUCUUUCGUUCUUCCAGAUGCUUCGAGAUAUGCUAACAGUCAAUGAACUAACCAAUUGGAAUAUUAAAGCACCGAUCGAAGCCAAAUAUCGAGCAUUGAAAUGUCACAUUGAAACAGUUGAUAGUUCAACACCCGAAUAUAAGAAUAUUGCCGAACUUAUUCAAUCAUCGACAAAUAGUAGUGAAAAAAUUGUUAUUCACCAUGUAUUCAACGUAGCCAAACAGAUAGAUGCACUGAAUUUUUGUACAUCAUUAUCUCAUCAACGGUCACUGUUUCAUGGAUCAAAAUAUGCCAACUUUCUUGGAAUUCUUUCACGUGGUUUGACUAUGCCAAAAAUAGUAGUUGAAGAAUUAGGUGUCAUACGCACUGAUAUUGGUUGUCUUGGCUAUGGAAUUUACUUUUCAGAUUCUGCUUCUACAUCUCUAAAAUAUACGACAUCAAGCACAACACGACCAGGUCGACGAUUAUUGUGCAUUUGUCAAGUAGCUCUAGGCGAAUCAGCCAACUAUUAUUCAUUUUCACCGAAUCUCACCAAACCUCCUGACGGCUUUCAUAGUACACAUGGAGUCAAACGAACAGAAGAAAAUCAUUCAAUGUUUACCGAUAAUGAAUAUGCGAUCUAUCAACUCGAUCAACAGCGUUUACUAUACAUUAUAGAAGUUUCAUGGGCACCGAACGAUGCUCUUAAUAUCGAAUUAGAGCGAUUGCCAAUUGUUCAUCAUCAACAACAUGCAUUAAAAUUGAGUGAAAAUGUCGAAGUUCCAUUGACAAUGGAUGAUGAAGUCAUUGAAGUAGCCGAACAAGACUAUGGUUUAGUAUGUCCAUCGUCAGGAAAACUUGUACCACUUAAAUCAUUUCAUAUUCGUGCUCAAAUUGUUGAUUCUACAGUUGAAGUUGUUCUCUAUCAAGUCUACCACAACACAAGUUCAACACCGAUCGAAGCUAAAUAUGUGUUUCCUCUUGAUGAAAAUUCGGCUGUAUGCGGUUUUGAAGCACAUAUCAACAAUAAAGUUAUAAAAGGCGUCGUUAAAGAAAAAGAACAAGCCAAACAAGAAUAUCGAAAAGCAAUCGAAAAAGGUCAUGGUGCCUAUUUGAUGCAUCAAGAACAAGCUCAAGUGUUUAGCGUAGCUGUUGGUAAUUUACCAGCGAAUAAUGAAGUCAUCAUUAAGAUAACCUAUGUUGCUGAGUUAGAAAUCGAAAAUGGUGAUAUCAUCUUUCGUCUUCCAGCUAAAAUGGCUUCAUGGCAAUCGAAACAAGCAAUUGAAGCAAAAGAUCAAUCGAUUGUACGAUCUAUUGGUAUUGUUGAUGAAAAAGUUGAAUUCAGUUUCAAAGCAUCGAUUCGAAUGCCAUAUGAAAUCAUCAAAUUAUUUUCACCAACACAUCGUCUUCGUCGAAAAUUAACUGAUUGUAUAGCUAUGGUUGAACUUGUCGAUAACGUCUUACUUGAUCGAGAUUUUGUUCUUUCUAUAACACUCAAAAGUGCUAAUUUACCUCGAAUAUCAAAUGAAACAUUGUCAUUGGAUGAUGACCAAGUCACAACAACAACAACAGCAACAUCGAACAAUAAUUCUCAAGCAUGUAUGCUUACAUUUUAUCCGCGAUUUGAAACAUUAAUGAAUUCGAACGAACAAAUUGAAAUUAUUUUUAUUAUUGAUGUAUCCAAUUCGAUGGAUGGUAGUCAUGUACAACAGGCUAAACAAUUAGCUCAUUUAUUUCUUAUGAAUUUAAAAGUUAAUGAUAGAAAUACAAUUUUCAAUGUAGUUACUUUUGGAUCAGAUAAUGAUGAAUGUUUUCCGAUUUCAACACUAACAACAAAAGAAAAUCUUGAUAAAGCCAAACAUUUUGUUCUGCAUUCACUUAUCCAUCGUGGUAAUACAGAUCUAUUUUCUGUUCUUCAUCGUUAUUCACUUUUACCAUCGUUAACAUCAUCGAAAUUUGGCCGUCAAUUCAUUCUUCUAUCCGAUGGGCAUAUUCAUGAUUUCAAAUCGAUUCUUACACUGCUCGAACAUCAAUCGAUUAUGCGUCAUGAUCGUUUAUUUACAUGUGCAAUAGGUAAUAUUGCUGACAAACACAGUUUGAAACAAUUAGCUCGUGGAGCAUGUGGAGGCGGUCUAGCAACAAUAUUCGAUUCGAACUAUCGAUCAAAAUGGAAAACAAAAAUUUUAAAUAUCCUCGAACAAAUCCGACAACCUUGUAUUACAAGUAUAUCAAUCGAUUGGCAUGGUCAGUUAGAUACAGAACAAAAAUUCAAUAUGCAAGCACCGAAAAUGAUUCGAUCUUUGUUCAACGGAAUGCGACUUAGUGUCUAUCGAUUUAUACAAAAUUGUCACAAGGCAACAUUAACAGCUACUAUCGAUGGACAAGAAUUUGUUACGACGGUAUUUAGUAGUCCGAUAACAACGACCAAAGGACAUAUUCUACAUUGUCUAACUGCUCGAGCGAUUAUUAAUGAUUAUGAAAAUGGAUUAUUGCAUGUGAACGAGAGUGAAAAUGAACUAAUCAAAGUUCAAUGUAAACGAGAUCUCAUCGAUCUAAGUAUCAAACAUUCUGUCGUUAGUGAAUACACUAGUUUUGUUGCCAUCGAAGAACGUGAUGCUAAAACAGAUAGACAAAUUCGUCAACCAGGCGUUCGUCUUCUGGAUGUUAUGCUUGAUCGAGAUAUUGACUUACUACCAUACAUUGAAUGGAAUGGUGAUGUAACAAAUUUAGUUUCGAUUAAACAAAAAUUGAUUGAUGCACGUAUUUCACUCGAAUGUGCAUCGAUUCAAAGCAAAAAAGAAUCAAUUGUUGAUAUUGAAAAACUUUGUGAAAAAAUUUCCUAUCGAGCUGGUGGUGAUCCUAAGUUUGAUAUGAUGAUGUCUAUUAUACAUACGUAUCGUUAUUCAUUGAAUGAACACGAAAAAGCAAAUGAACUUGAAGACAAAAUACGAAACGAUAUUAAGAUCGAAAUGAUUAGUGCAACGACAGAAGAACGACAAGCAUUACAACAACGAUGUGAAGCUAAUAAUUUGAUGAUCACAAAUGAUGAAUAUGAAUUAUUAUUCGACCAUGACGUUUCAUCGCAUCCACCUCCGCCGCCACCUGUAUCUUGGCAACCAUCUACUCGACCGUCUCCACCACAAGAACCACCACAACAAUUUAUGCAACAAAAAGCGGUAGCUAGAAGUAGAGAUGGGAUGCCAGGGCUUUUUUCUGAUCUGACAUUAACAGGAAACACAUCGACGGUGUUUUCUGAGAUACAAUCUCCUCGUGCUAGUCUACAGUCACAAUCUCAAAGUGCUUUUAAAACACCACAACCUUUUCCUGGAUUUCAAUUUGCUCGUGUUCCUCCGCUUCCUCUUCCAACAACAACGUCAUCAUCAUCAUCAAUUAGCUAUCUUAACCGAGUUCCCACUACUAGUGAUACUCUAGGUGGAGGUGUCGACAUUCCAUCGCUAUAUGAGUCGCAUGCCUAUACUGCUAAUAGUUCACAAUUUGGUUUUACUGCUCCUCCCCUACCACCACCACCACUGGUACCACCACCGCCACCACCGCCACCGGCACUAUCAUACUCAACAAUAUCAUUGUCAAGAGAGAGGAAGUCAUCACCAUCAAGCAUAAUUUAUGAUCGCAAGCCUAGUAAUCCAUUGUACAUGCUUGAUGGUCAAACUGAAAAUGUAAUACACAACUUCUGUGGUGAAUCCGUUACCUCAUUCGAUGCAAAGGUUGAUAUUCCACUUCUCAGUAAACUGAAAGAUGUUCAAUCAACAAAAACAAUGAUUGAAGAACUUCUCAAACUUCAAUUCGAGGAUGGUUCAUUUACGCUAAAUAAAGACUUAGCUGACAUACUUCACAUCAAUCUUGAUACUUUCAAUGAUCUUGAACGCUAUUUAUAUGAACAAGGUUUUAACUCUCUUGCUUUAAACAUACGUAAUGAAAUUCUUCGUUUGAUCGGUACGGGUGUUAUUCUACUUUGGCUCGUUCUUCAAACUGGAGCUUCACAACAAAAUACAUUUGGCUUUUUAUUUAACAGUGAGCUAAUCAAAGUUGAUCUUUCCAACUAUUCACCUGCUAACAUGAGCAAACAAAUUGACAAAGCGAUCAAAUUCUAUAAACUAGCUAGUCAACGUAAUAAUGUAUAUUGUAGACAAUUAGAAUUGAACGUUUCAUCGUGGGAUAUGUUUAUUCAACGUAUUCUUAUCGGAAUUGAUCGUGACAAUAAUUAA